UCGUGUGUUUACGUGGAGAAACAUGGCGGCUGCUGUGACAGCAGCACAGCCCGAAUAAAACACAGAGUAAAACACACAGCCGAUCACGCAGGUUGACCGUCCGAUGCCAGCAGCCCGCGCUCUUUAGGCGGGUGUGUGUCUCUGUCUGUCUGUGUGUGUUUGUGCCGCUUUUAUGACGCUCGUGUGUCCGUGUUUAAGCCGCAGGAACCGCACAGAUGAUGGAAGACGAGGAGCGACAGAGAAAACUACAGGCCGGCAAAGCCAAGCUGGCCGAGUACCGGCAGAGGAAAGCUCAAUCUGAUGGACAGAAGAAGAAGAAGAAAAAGAAGAAGCCGGAGCUGGAGCCGACUGAGGGAGAGUCUGCCAAUACGGUGUUUUCUGUCUCCAAAACUCUGCGCAGUGGAGAAACCGUCACUCAUGACCAGACCUACACCAUCGAGCUGUCGGAGGAGGACUGGAGCCGCAGGUUGGAGCAGCUGCGGGACGAGCUGGACGAGAUGUACGGGCAGCAGAUCACGCAGAUGAAGCAGGAGCUGCGCCUUCAGCAUGCAGCAGAGGUGCAGCGGCUGCAGGACAUGCAGAGCUCGGAAACAGAGAAGAUCAUCCUGCAGCAUCAGGCGGAGCUGGAGCGCUUCAGAGGACAGCUGUACCAGAGCACCGGCGGAGUCAAUGUGCUGAACGUCAAGAUGAUCGAGCUCCAGCAGAAACUGCAGGAGACGCAGGUGCUGCGGGAGAAAGCGGAGCAGGAGCUGACGGAGCUGCGGGAGGAAAAACGGCAUCUUCUGGAGAAGCUGGAGCAUCUGAAAGCAGAUCUACAGUCCUCAGAUCAUCUGCGUGCUGCCAUGAGUGACCUGCAGAUGAAGCUGGAUGAAGCGCUGAAGGAGAACACCAGCAUUAAUGCUGAACAUGAGUCUGAAGUCACCAAUUAUAAGAUCAAACUGGACAUGCUGGAGCGGGAGAAAGACGCAGUGCUGGACCGCAUGGCUGAAUCACAGGAGGCUGAGCUGGAGCGCCUGCGCACACAGCUGCUGUUCAGCCAUGAAGAAGAGCUAACGCGACUCCGAGAAGACCUGCAGAUGGAGAACCAGCUCAACAUAGAAAACCUGCGCGACGAAAUAAACACCAAACACCAGCAGGCCAUUCACGAGCUGCAGAAUCAGCUGAGCGAUGCGCUAAAGAACAUGCGCGAAAAAGAGUCCGAACUACAGCAGAACAUCCAGCAUCUCAGCACAGAGAACACACACCUCCAUCAGGAGAUCGAGAAGCAGAAAAACACCUUCUCCUUCGCCGAGAGGAACUUCGAGGUCAACUAUCAGGAGCUAAAGGAGGAGUACACAUGUCUGGCUAAUGCUAAGCUGCAGCUUGAGGAGCGUUUGGCUAAGGGUAGCAUGCAGGCUAAAGCUAACGGCGCUGUGGAGAAGCACAGCACUGAGCUGAUGGAGAAGCUGGAGAAGGAGAACAAGAGUCUCUCAGAGCGGAUUAUUAUUCUGGAGCGAGAGCGCGCCGUGCAGACGCAUCACAUGCACAGCAUCAGAUGUGCGCGCGCGGACGACACGCACACACACUCUCUCACACACACCGAUGCGCAGGAUCAUCCACUCGCAGCUCUGCCGCCGCAGCAGCUGACCAGAGGAGAUGUUCAGACUGAUGGAGUGUGUGUGAUGCAGCCGCUGGAGAUGGACGGCGCUGAACAUGAUGAGGAGUGUGUGUCAGAUGAUGCGCAGCGCUGGUCUGAGGUCAGUGAUGGUGUGCAGGAUCAUCAGCGGCGGCUGGAGGAGCACAUCGCGAAGGUGAUCGUGCAGAUGUCGGUGGAGUUCGCGCAGCAGACCGAACACGAGCGAAUCAGCAAACAGACCCGCGAGACGAGCACCGGCAUGCAGACGGAGAACAGCGGACAGGAAGAGGAAGAAGAGCACAGGUGGACAUCUGAGAAGAGAGAGCAGGAGCUGCAGCAGAUGAAGGACAGAGAAGACGACACUGAGAAACAACAUCUGUUUCCUCACAUGCAGAGCUGCAGCACACAGACACAGCAGAAAGAUGAGGAGGAGGAGGCGGCGGAGGUCAGAGGUCAUGGGCGGAGUGUGACAUCAUCACAGCCGUCUGGAGAAGAGCCAGAGCUGUCGUCUGAUGACAUCAUCACUGAGAGGGAUGGUCUGCGUCUGGUGAACGCUGGUCUCCGUCGGGUACUGAUGGAGGUGCUGAAGACCACAGCGGCGGCGGAGCAGACCAUCGGCACUCAUGUGGAGGCCAUACUGGAGGCGUCCAGCAGAGGGCAGCAGAGCAACACCGAUGCGUCCUCAGAGGGUUUUCUCAGCCGUGAUGUGGCUGCAGACCGACUCCGCAUGUUUUCUGCUGACACUGAGAUUGAUGAAGGCCUGGAGACAUCGCUGAAGGACCAAGGGGCGGAGCUACAGCUGCAAGAGGCGGAGCUACAACUUGAGAGGGAGGAGUUUCAGACGAGCAUCAGCACACGCCUGCAGAGCGCCGUGGAGAAACUGCUGAUCGCCAUCACUGAGACCAGCACUCAGCUGGAGCAUGCGCGCAUCACGCAGACCGAGCUGUUGAGGGAGAAGUUCAGACACAAUGAGGAGAUGGAGGAGCUGCUGCGCCGUCAGGAGGAGCUGCAGGAGCGAGUGUGUGAAGAGGAGAGAGCCAGAGAACAGCUGGCCCUGGAGCUGCACAGAGCUGAAGGGCUAAUCGACGGCUACAGUGAUGAGCGGCGUGCUCUGGAGCAGCAGGUGUGUGAGCGUGCGGAGCUGCAGCUGCAUCUGGAGCAGGAGCUGCAGGUCACCAGCACACGGCUGCAGGAGCUGGAGCAGGAGAGAUGCAGCCUGCUGGAGCACACUGAGCUGAUGAGCCGACAGCGGGACGCCAUGAGGGACAGCGCUGGAGGAGGACCAGAGCUGCGACUAGUAGAGGCUGCUCUUGAUGCAGCUCCUGAAGCAGACCUGCUGGAGGAGACGGAGAAGCUGCUGCAGGAGAAGGUGGAGGUGCAGCGUCAGGCGCAGAAGCAGAGCUCGGAGCUGCAGGCGCAGGUCAAGCAGCUGGAGGCGCAGCUGGAGGAGCAGCAGAUGCGCUUGCAGGAGCAGCAGGAGCUCCAGCGCAGCCAGGAGGAGGACCUGCAGCAGCAGAUACAGGCGCUGGAGAAGCAGACGGAGAACCACCGACGCUUCAUUGACGAGCAGGCCGCAGACAGAGAACACGAGAGAGACGUUUUCCAGCAGGAGAUCUUCAACCUGGAGCAGCAGCUGAAGAAUCCCACCAAAACACAGACAGGAAGUGAGCGGCGGGACAGAGAGGUGCAGGAGUUGAGCGCGGCGCUGCAGGAGAAGUCGGACCGCUGCAGUGAGCUGCUGCUGAGCUCUGAGCAGCUGCAGAGAGAUGUGAAGGACAGAGAAGAGGAGAUCCAGACGCUCGCCGCGCGCGUACACCAGCUGGAACACACACUCAUGCAUGAGGUUCAGGAGGUCCAGCAUGUGUCUAUGGCGGGUCGAGUUGACGUCACACUGGAAGCGCAGCUGCAGACUGAGAGAGAGGCGCUCGACAGGAAGGAGAAAGAAAUCGUGAACCUGGAGGAGCAGCUGGAGCAGUUUCGAGAGGAGCUGGAGAACAAGAGCGAGGAGGUGAACCAGCUCAACAUGCAGCUGCAGAUCCAGAGCAAGGAGAUCAGCAGAUACCAGCAGGAGCUGCAGACGCACAACACGCUAACACAGGUUUUGGAGGAGAAGGAAAGGCAGAUAUCUGUCCUAAAUCAGCAGAUCAGUAAACGCCAGCACGCGGGAACACACCCUGAGGAAGAGGCGGUAGAGCAGAAGGACGAGGCUCUGGGCGAGAUGGAGGCGCUGGUAGAGUGUCUGAAGAGCGAACAGCAGCGUCUGAAGAAGGACAACGAGGACGAGGUGGAGCAGCUGAACGCCGUCAUCGAGAAACUCCAGCAGGAGCUGUCGCACAUCGAGGCUCGAGACGACCACGAGGAGAUGAAGCAGAGGGUGGAUGAGCUGACCAGCGAAUGCAAUACAUUACGCCUUCAAUAUGAACAACUGCAGGAGGAGACCAGAGAUCAUGAGGAGAUGAGGAAGAAGGUGGAGGAGCUGAUGAGUGAAUGCAGUUCUCUAAACCUCCAAUAUAAUCAACUUCAGGAGGAGACGAGAGAUCAUGAGGAGAUGAGGAAGAAGAUUGAGGAGCUGACAAUUGAAUGCAACUCUUUACAACUCCAAUAUAAACAACUUCAGGAGGAGACGAAAGAUCAUGAGGAGAUGAAGCAGAGGAUGGAGGAACUGACAGCUGAAUCAAACGCACUACGCCUGCAAUGUGAACAAGUGCAGGUGGAGACGAGAGAUCCAGAGGAGAUGAAGCUGAAGAUGGAGGAACUGACCAAUGAAUCCAAUACACUACAACUUCAAGAUGAACAACUGCAGGGAGGGACGAGAGAUCAUGAGGAGGUGAAGAACAUGGAGGAACUGACAACUGAAUGCAAUUCUCUGCGCCUUCAAUGUGAACAACUGCAGGAAGAGACGAGAGAUUAUAAGGAGAUGAAGCAGAGGGUGGAGGAACUGACCAAAGAAUCCAAUGCACUACGCCUUCAAUAUGAACAACUGCAGGAGGAGACGAGAAAUCAUGAGGAGAUGAAGAAGAAGAUGGAGGAACUGACCAAUGAUUCCAAUGCACUACGCCUUCAAUAUGAACAACUGCAGGCGGAGACGAGAGAUCAUGAGGAGAUGAAGCAGAAGGUGGAGGAGCUGACGACUGAAUGCAAUUCUCUGCACCUUCAAUAUGAACAACUUCAGGAGGAGACGAGGGAUCACGAGGACAUGAAGAAGAAGAUAGAGGAGCUGACCAAUGAAUUCAAUACUCUACGCCUGCAAUAUGACCAACUGCAGGAGGAGACCAGAGAUCACGAGAAAAUGAAGUUGAAGAUGGAGGCGGUGACGACUGAAUGCAAUACGCUACGCUUACGAUACGAGCAGUUGCAAGAGGAGACAAGGGAUCAUGAGGAGAUGGGUAAGAAGAUGCAGGAGGUGUCCAAUGAAUCCAAUACACUACGCCUUCAAUAUGAACAACUGCAGGCAGAGAUGAAAGAUCACGAGGAGAUGAAGCAGAAGAUGGAAGGCAUGACGACAGAGAGAGACUCUCUGCAUCUCCAAUAUGAACGCCUCCAUCAGGAGACUCUUCUGGAGCUGCAGGAGGCGCUGCGGGAGAAAACCGCAGCGUCUGUGGUGAUGCAGGCUCAGGUGCAGGCGCUGGAGGAGAGCGCAGCCGCCAGGGUCGACAGUCUGAGCCGGCGGGUAGAGGAGCUGCAGGAGUGUGUGGAGGAGAAGGACCGGGAGCUCCGAGCCUGCAGGAUGAGGGUGGAACAAGCUCAAACUGAUGCCCACGGACUGUACGAUAAAGUGGCUCAGCUUGAGGACAAUCUCAGGGAGAAAGUGGCUGCCGUUUUGGUCAGUCAAGCACAACUGGAAGCCGUUCAGACGCAAACCAAAGAGCUCCACGCUGAGGCUAUAGUAGGCUCCGGAACACAGCUGCAAGAGGGCAUCUGGAUGCAGGAUGAUCUAAUGGCACAGGUGGGCCUCAGGGUGCAGAAGAGCCUCAGGAUGCAGGAGGAUUUCACUGUGCAGGAGGGCCUUGAGGUGCAGGAGGGUCGAACGACGCUGGAGGGCCUCACAGUACAGGAGGGUCUCACAAUGCUGCCGGGCCUCACAAUGCAGGAGGGCUUCAGGGCGCAGGCUAAAGCCUCUGGAGGGAAGGUGAACUUGCUGACGGAGAAGCUGAAGGAGCUGGAGGAGGGCUUGAUUGUCAUGCAGAAGGACCAGGAGUUGCAGAAGGAGCUGUUGUGUAGCUCUGAGGAGGAGGUGAUGGAGUAUGAGAGCAGGUUAUCCGUCAUGAUGGACCUGCUCAGCCAGAUGAAAACCAAACCCAGCGCUCUCAGACCACUGCCGUCGUCUCAGGGGUCAGCUGAGGUCAGGCUGGAGCUGCAGGAGGUUAAAGAUAAAUCUGCACUCAUUGAAGUGGAUCUCGGCAUCUCCAGACUCCAGGAGGAGAUACAGAUGAAGGAGAGCAUGAUCGCUCAGCUCCAGACUGCUCUCAGAGAGGCCUCAUCGGGCCCCAGUGGAGCCGCCGAGACCCCUGAACUGAUCCAGGAGCUGCAGGAGGUCAAAGGUCGCGCAGCCUCCACACAUCAGGAACUGCAGGAGGUCAAAGGUCAGCUGGAGGAGGUCAAAGGUCAAAGCGCUCAUCUGGAGGAGCUGCUGCAGGACAGAGAGAUGAGUCUGGCUCUGCUGAAGGAUCAGCUAAACCGGGUCUCUCAGGAUGCAGAUCAGCCGAUGGCGGAGCUGCUGCAGGAGCUGCUGGAAGUCAGAGGUCAAGCCGCAUCGGCCAACGAGGAUCUGAUCUGCUGCAGGGAGAAGAUCAGUCAGCUGCAGGAGGAGAUUCAGAUAAGAGACGCCUCCAUCACUGAGCUCAGGGUCAAAGUUCAGGAGCUGCAGGAGAGUUCAGCCCAAUCCACCGAGCGGCAACAACCCAAAAACCCAGCAGAGGGACACGCAGAGGGCAGAGAGCAUCCUGGGACUGAUGUCACAAAGCAUCCUGGGAUUGAUGUCAGAGAGCAUGCUGGGAUGGAUCUCCGAGAGCAUGCUGAGAUAGAUCUGCAGGAGCAUGCUGGGAUGGAUGUCAGAGAACAUUCAGGGAUGGAUCUGCAGGAGCAUAUCUGUGGUUUGCAGCAGAAGAUCCAGCAGAUGCAGGAGCUCCACGCGGCUGAGAUCAUGGACAUGGAGACCAGACACAUCUCCGAGAGCGAGAGUCUGCGGCGGGAGAACCAGCAGCUGGAGGAUGAGUGCCGUGCACUCAGAGACGCCAUACACACACUCUCACACACACAGGGUCCAGCGGUGCGGUCGGAGCGUCCUGCAGUCUCUCCAUUUAAAGACGGAUACACCAGUGACAGUAGUUCAGAAUGGAGUCAGCGCACUGGUCUGGAUCACACACUCCUGCAGCAGGAGAUGCGCAGCACACCGGAAGGGGCGCGCCGGGACGCGGAGCCCGACGUCCUGCCUGACAGGAUCAAGAAUCUGCUGCGUGAGGUGCAUCAGGAGGGCAUGCAGGUGCUGUCGCUGUCUGAGCUGCCCCUCGGCGAAGUGGAGCGAGAGACACACACACGCGCGCACACACACACCUGGAGUGCAGAGAGAGAGAGAGACGCAUUCUGCAGCGCUGUGGAGACGCUCAAGAGCCUGAUCAGCAGACUGCAGAGUGACACACAGGCUGCUGGAGACUGGCGCUCUGAGCUGCUGUCAGUGGUCCAGCAGGUGUUUGUGCGUGAGCGAGAGCUGCUGAAGAGUGUGUUAUUCGCUCAUCUGGAGCGUCUGGACUCUGCUGAUGCGCUCAUUCACCUCAACCAGCUGGAGAGAGCGCUAGCGGAGCAGGACGUGCAGCACCGAGAGGCGAUGGGAGUUUUGUACUCUGCGGACAGAAGCAGCCUGUGCUCCGAGAUCCAGCAGCUCCGAGAUCAGCUGCACACACUCACAUCUGAACACACACACGCCAGCGGAAUGCUGAGCUCUGAUAGGCUGGAGGAGAGGCUGCUGAGCUCUGAUAGGCUGGAGGAGAGGCUGCUGAGCUCUGAUAGGCCGGAGGAGAGGCUGUUGAGCUCUGAUAGGCUGGAGGAGAGGCUGCUGAGCUCUGAUAGGCUGGAGGAGAGGCUGCUGAGCUCUGAUAGGCUGGAGGAGAGGCUGCUGAGCUCUGAUAGGCCGGAGGAGAGGCUGUUGAGCUCUGAUAGGCUGGAGGAGAGGCUGCUGAGCUCUGAUAGGCCGGAGGAGAGGCUGCUGAGCUCUGAUAGGCCGGAGGAGAGGCUGUUGAGCUCUGAUAGGCUGGAGGAGAGGCUGCUGAGCUCUGAUAGGCCGGAGGAGAGGCUGCUGAGCUCUGAUAGGCUGGAGGAGAUGAAGUCUGAACUGAACCACACUAAACUAGAGCUGGAGAGCGCUCUGAACACACAACACACACACCUGAGGGAGCUUGACACACUCAGGUCGGAGGUCUCUCUGCGAGUCAGUGAAGUGGACACACUGACAGACCGGCUGGCGGAGGAGCAGAAGAGAGGCCGAGAGCUGCAGUGGGCGCUGGAGAAGCAGAAGCACCGGCUGGACAGGAAGGAGGAGGCCGACAGAGAGGAAGUAGAGGAGCUCAGACUGGCUCUAGAGGAGCAGCGCAGCCGUGUGUCUGAGCUCUCCAUCUCUCUGGAGCAGCAGAAGCAGAUCUCAGAUCAGCAGAGAGAAAUACAGCACAGCGACGUCUCUGAGCUGCAGGUUCAGUUAGACGCUCAGAGGGCUCGAUGCGCAGAGCUCAGCGGCGCUCUAGAGAAGGAGAAACAGCUCAACACACAGCUGAUCCAGCGCUUCCAGAGCGGCUCCUCAACACACACACUGCCUUCUGGGACGCAGAACACACUCCUGGAGGCCGAAGCCACCUGCAGCCAGGUGGAGGCCGGAGUGGAGUCGGUGGAGUCUCUGCUGCAGACGCUGCAGUCUCAGCUGAUGGAGAAGCAGACGCAGGUGGUGCAGAUGAUGGAGGAGAUGGAGAAGCAGCAGCUGGAGGCGCUGCAGCACAGAAGACAGAGCCAGGAGGAGAGAUCCGCCCUCGCCCGCACCGCGGCUGAGCACCAGAGCGCCCUGCAGACGGCCCGCGAGAGCCUGAGAGAGAUGCAGAGUCAGCUGCAGGCGGAGAGAGAGAACGGCAGGAGGAUGGAGACGGAGAGAGAGAAACUGCAGGAGACGCUCACACUGCUGGAGGACAGACUGCACAGCCACACCGCGCGAAACCACGAUGGGCAGCCGGUGGAUGGAACCCGUGACUGGGUGUUGCAGCAUGAGCCGGCGAACACUCUAAAUCUGGAGUCCACCUGUGUGCAGCAGACCAGCGCGGACCCCAAACACAUGGAGAAAAGCUCUGACCCCAAACACAUGGACCACAUCCUCAGCAGACUGCAGCUCAUCGCAGCCAAGAUCAACAGCCUAACCAGCCAGAGCCCACACAGGUUACCUGGAGAAGGGCCAGACCGGGACAGUCUGGCAUGGCUGCACAGUAAUGUACAGGAUGUGAUGUCACUGUUACAGCAUAUCCCAUCAGCCCCUUCUGCCCUUCCAGAGAGUGUGUCUCUGCUGUCUGCGGGCUCCUGCUCUCUCUUGAAUGAGCGUUUGCUCCGUCAGAACGCAGAGCUCACAGGAUUCGUCAGUCGACUGACCGAGGAGAAGAACGAGCUGCGCAACCAGAUCCUGAAGCUGGAGGACGAGCUGCGCAGAUACCGACAGCACAGGGACAACACCCACACCGCGUGGAGCAGGUCUGCUGUGGGCCGUCAGGAUCUCCUCUUGUCCUCCAGCGAGCGCGAGUCCUGGGCUCAGGAGAGGAAUAGUCUGCAGAAGUCUCUCCGCCAGACUGAAGCGGAGCUGAACCGUGUGAGAUCAGAGCUGCGCUGCGACACGCUGAGAGACCUGAGCUCUGCUGAUCCGGACAACACUGCGCUGAAGAGGAUGUAUGGGAAAUACCUGCGCGCCGAGAGCUUCCGCAAGGCUCUGAUCUACCAGAAGAAGUACCUGCUGCUGCUGCUGGGGGGCUUCCAGGAGUGUGAGGACGCCACGCUGACCCUGAUCAGCCACAUGGGGGCGCUGCCGGGACACUGCAGCCCACACACACAGCAGCGCAGGGGGAUCACACGCUUCAGAUCCGCUGCACGCGUCUCCAUCGCACUGUCCAGGAUGAGGUUUCUGGUGAAGCGCUGGCAGCGAGCGUCAGGAGGAAGCACAACACCGCAGAUCCUCAGCAGAAACGGCCUCGCACACGGCACAGGUGCUGAUGUGAGGAACGAGUCUUCUUUUCUGAGUCCCGCUGCUGUAGAGUUGUACAGAGACAGAAGAGCCACGAGCCGCGGCCGCACGGGACGAGAGUCUCCGAGAUCUGCAGCCUCCGUCCAGCACAGAUUUGUGGGUGUGCCCGGUGAGGCGGGGGGUUUGUCGUGUUCACACCUGCAGAACUAUGACCCGGACCGAGCGCUGACCGACUACAUCAGCCGCCUGGAGGCCCUGCAGAGGAGACUGGGCAGCGUACAGUCGGGCUCCUCCUCGUACGCUCACUUUAGCGUCAGAAGAUAAAGCUCCUCAUCUCCAUCAUGCUGUCUUGAAGAGACCGGUUGCCUUCUCGUGCUGAGCUGCUGUGCUUUCCUCUUCUCGCUCUGCACACCAUCACACCCGUGGGACCAAAAACAGGCUUUUCUCUUGCUUUCCUUCAUUUUCAGUUGUGUAUCCUCGUAUAAUCCAGCUUUGCGUUGGCGCUUCAGCGUCUGUACAUGACUCUACUUUCUUUGUGGUUAAUGGAGAUCAAUCGAGCUGUUACUGUAUAUUUGUGGAAUGCUAAUUUAAGUUGAUUAAUUUAAGAAGCGUUGGUGACGGAGAACCGAACGGCUGCUAUCUGACUCUGGAGAACACCGAUGCUGCUGCGCCACACUAGCGUUAGCGACACGCGUGUGCUUUCAGACUCGACACACUGUGUUUUACUGCUCGCUCGCGUCAGAGGACAUUUGUAGACAUAUUUUUGUAAAGGUAGGAGCUUCGGAUUUUAUGGGUAUUUUGUCAAAACUGAAAUAAAGAUUAAUAUAAUAUUUAAA